GAACUUUGUCGUAUAGUAGUUACCCCCCUUGAGAUAGCUCUUCAAAAUCGGAGAGGCCAGCAUGAACUGUCAAAAGUCGAUUGAUUUCGCGAUAUUAAGUGCUUUUGUUAUUGAAAUCCUGCUUCCAUAUCUGGAUUUAAUGUUGAUAUAAAUGUGCCAAGAUGACUCAUGAAAGUGGAUACUUUGUAUCAGCAUUACUGGCAGGCGGGGCUGCAGGAACAUCUGUUGAUCUGGCGUUGUUCCCAUUGGACACAGUGAAGACCCGGUUACAGAGUGCCAAGGGAUUCUGGAAAGCUGGAGGGUUCUCGGGAAUAUAUUCGGGCGUUGGUGCUGUAGCUCUUGGCUCCGCUCCUAUUGCUGCCCUUUUUUUUGUGACGUACGAGGGCGUGAAGUAUCUGGCUAAACCACGAGUGAGCCCGCAGUGGGAACCAGUGGUCCACAUGAUCGCAGCCUCAGCGGGGGAAGUGGGCGCAUGUUUGCUGAGAGUACCUGUCGAGGUGGUGAAACAGAGAGCCCAGGCCAACAGACAGUCUUCCUCGCUGAACGAGUUCAAACACACACUCAAGACUGAGGGUUUCCGGGGACUGUACAGGGGAUACUCGAGCACUGUGAUCAGGGAAAUACCCUUCUCCUUCAUUCAGUUUCCACUCUGGGAGGGAUUAAAGGGAUGGUGGUCAAAAUAUCAAGGUCAUCCCGUAGAGCCGUGGCAGUCGGCCAUAUGUGGGGCAGCAGCAGGCUGUUUUGGGGCAGGGAUAACAACACCCCUGGAUGUCGCCAAAACUCGAAUCAUGUUAGCAGAGAAAGGCAGCGAGCUAUCUCAAGGCAGAAUUCUGUCAACACUGAGACUUGUCUACAUGGAAAAGGGCAUUAAGGGGCUGUACAGUGGGUUACUGCCCCGCAUGUUGUGGAUCUCUAUAGGAGGGGCCAUAUUCCUAGGUGUCUUUGACAAGGCUAGAAAGACUGUCUACACGCUAUAUAACAAAUAUGAUGAGAAAAUUUCUUAGCAUUGAAUAAAAAUUCUGGUUUUUAAUUUGUUAUAUUUGAUAAUUUUUUAUUCUCAAUAUAUUAAUAAAUAAAAUGAUUUU